CUCACUUGCUGGUGACACUGCUGCACACCUGCGGCUGAGAGGUGAACAUCGGGCGACGGUGACCAUCAGGAGACGGUGACAGCCGAACCUUGGACAGUGGUGGUCGCGGCCAGUGACAUGGAAAAAAGUGUUUAAUUCGACAAGUGUGGUUUGAAUCAGGUGAACAGCAGCUAUGCAGCCGUUCCCGUGUGCCGGCCGCCCGGACGGCCCGCGCGAGUCCUCGCCUGAGCGCGCCUGCUCGCCCGACACCCCCGCGCCUCCCGCGCCCCCAGCACCCGCCGCACCAGUCCUGAACUUCUCUAUCGCACGGCUCAUGGAGCCCGACCGGAGGAAGUGCGCCUCGCCGGAGCCCCCGCCCGCGCCCCACUUCCUGUCAUACGGCGCACAGCUGCUGGACUCCGCCUUCAAACAGUACAUCCCCGCGGCGCGCCGCCAGCUCGCUGCGCACUACCCGUUGCUGUACUACGGGCCCGAUCUCGUGUCUCUCACGUACGCACAUCAGCUGCAGCUGCCGCGCCCGCCGCCCGCGCCCGCUCGCCGCCCGCCCAGCCCGCGAGCCGCGCCUGACCACGCCGUCUCCUCCACCACGGGCCCCGCGCCCUCACCCUCGCCUGCCAAAAGCAAGAGCUUCGCGUGCGGCGACUGCGGCAAGGUGUUCAACGCUCACUACAACCUGACGCGGCACAUGCCCGUGCACACCGGCGCGCGCCCUUUCGUCUGCAAGGUGUGCGGCAAAGGUUUCCGGCAGGCCUCCACGCUCUGUCGGCACAAGAUCAUCCACACCUCAGAGAAACCCCACAAAUGCCUCACGUGCGGCAAGGCGUUUAACCGCUCCUCCACGUUAAAUACGCACGCGCGCAUCCACGCCGGCUACAAACCCUUCGUCUGCGAGUUUUGCGGUAAGGGCUUCCACCAGAAGGGCAACUACAAGAACCACCGGCUGACGCACAGCGGCGAGAAAGCGUACAAGUGCAACAUCUGCAAUAAAGCCUUCCACCAGAUCUACAACCUGACAUUCCACAUGCACACUCACAACGAGCGCAAGCCCUUCACGUGCAGCAUUUGCGCCAAAGGUUUCUGCCGCAAUUUCGACCUGAAAAAGCACACGCGUAAGCUGCACCUGGGGGCGACGGGCACGCACAACGACUCCUCGCUUGACACGCAGGACGAGUCCACGCAGGAGGCGGCAGCCAGUCCUUCACGCGGUGAGGCGGGCGGCACUGGGGGCGCGGGCGAAGCGGGGCGGGAGGGCAGCGCGGCCUUCAGGCCUUUCUUGGGCGCCGGGUACCCGCCACUGUUGCAGCCCGCCGGGUUCUUUUCCAAGCUGUUGUGA